AUGGCUCAGGAAAAGAGAACCUCAGACUCGCCUGAGAGAGCUGAACAGGCUACCCAAGCAUUCCACGACGAGUUAGCCAAGCUCACUGAGAACGUCGCCGGCGAAAUCCGCAACCCUCUCAAAGGCAUCCCCCGCGAUCAGCUCCUUAAGGAUGUUGCCGAGUUCCAGUGGGACAAGGGGUUACCCGACGACAUCUUGCCUCUUCUUAGGAAGGAGGAGAAGGAAGCUUUGCGACAGGAGGUUACCCACAAGUGGAGGCAUCCUCAGUCGCUGUACUACACCAUAUUUCUGAAUUCGAUUGCCGCUGCUAUCCAGGGAUGGGACCAGACUGGUUCGAAUGGUGCUAAUUUGACCUUUCACGAAGCACCCGGCAUCCCUGACGCGGCGGGUUCCUCCUAUGGACCUGUUGCGAACGAGGGAGAAUGCGCGAAGAAUAGCUGGAUCAUCGGCUUUGUCAACGCCAUGCCCUACAUCACUAACUGUCUAUUUGCUGGAUGGAUCUCGGACCCUCUCAACGACAGGAUGGGCCGCCGGGGCGUCAUAUUUGUAGCAGCCAUCUUUUCUUUGCUUGCACCUUUCGGCAUGGCCGUCUCACAAACUUGGAGGCAGUUAGCUGCGUGUCGAAUGCUGCUUGGUAUUGUAAUGGGUCUCGAGGAAGUAACCGUGCCUGUUUUCUCUGCCGAAAACUCGCCCGCUAUCAUCCGUGGUGGCUUGGUCAUGUCCUGGCAGAUCUGGACAGCCUUUGGUACAUCUAUCACUAGAAAGGAAGCAGAGCCCAAGCUGACAUAUCGCGAAGGAAUAUUUCUAGGUACCUGCUCUAACCUGGCAGUUGGGAAAACGGGCGAUAUCUCGUGGAGGCUGCAGUUCGGCUCUGCCUUCAUCCCAGCCGUUCCACUUGUCAUCGGCACUUGGUUCUGCCCGGAGAGUCCGCGAUGGUACCUCAAGAAGGGUAAGCACUUCAAGGCCUGGAAGUCACUCCUGAGGCUGCGAAAUACCCCUGUGCAGGCGGCCAGGGACCUCUAUUAUAUCCACUGCCUCUUGGAGCAGGAGAAGGCUCUUGUUCAUGAGUCAGGCUUGAAGGUGACGAGCAACGUUUUUACCCGGUUUGUCGAGCUCUUCACCAUUCCUAGGAUUCGACGAGCGACAUGGGCGUCUGGAAUUGUCAUGAUUGCCCAGCAGAUGUGUGGCAUCAACAUCAUCGCCUUUUACAGCGCAACGAUCUUCAAGGAGAGCGGCAUCAGUGACUACACAGCUCUAUGGGCCAGCUUUGGGUUUGGAAUAAUCAACUUUCUCUUUGCGUGGCCUGCUGUGUGGACGAUUGAUACUUUUGGGCGACGGACUCUGCUAUUGUUUACUUUCCAAACAUGUUUUGGACUCUACUCGGUCACUGCUGGUCUUUGUUACUUGAUCGAGCCGAAUGUGGAAAAUAGCAGUGCCCGAAUCGCUGCCGUGACCACCGUUGUCUAUCUCUUCUGCGCCUUUUACUCACCAGGAGAAGGGCCUGUCCCAUCCAUGUACUCUGCAGAAGUUUUUCCUCUGUCUCAUAGAGAAGUCGGCAUGUCCUGGGCCGUGGCGACAAACAACUUCUGGGCUGCCGUCCUAUCGCUCACCUUUCCACGAAUGCUUAUCACUAUGACGGCGACGGGAGCCUUUGGUUUCUAUGCGGGCCUCAACCUAGUUGCACUAGUCCUAAUCUUCCUUUUUGUGCCCGAGACGAAGCGGAAGACUCUUGAGGAGCUUGACUAUGUCUUUGGGGUGCCUGAUCGGACUCAUGCGAAGUAUCAGCUCAAGACGGUGCUGCCGUGGUGGUUCAAGAGGUGGAUUCUGCAGCGCAAGGGUGAGGUCUGUCCCGAUUUGUAUCAUGAUGAGACGUCGCAUCAGACUCGUCCUGGGCAGGCGUAG